ACACUUUCCUGACUCAGUUUGUCACCUCAAGCAGAAGGAGCAGCAGAGGAUGCAAGGAAGAGCUGAGGAGCUGAAAAGUUGUCUCUCUUUCACUCUGCUGUCCAUCCAUCCCUCACAGCUGACCAAACUUUUUUUUUAAACGGAGAGGAGGAGAAGGCGAGGGCGAGGAGAGAAAGGGGAGCGAAAGCAUCCCCUCACCCCGGUUACUUUUUGUGUGUGCACGUGUUUCGCUCAGAAACAAAGCAGGACCGUCCUUCCAGAGGCAGCUACCCAUGUGGCAGGAGGCUCUGUGGACCCGCGGACGCUACCUGCUGGAGAAGAGCGAUGGCGGCGAGGGUGGCGAGGGGCCCGAGAGCCUGGGAGACGGGUGCCCGGGGUUCCAGGGGGAGGUGUGCGUGGAGGACGGGAAGCCCCAGGACUGGCUGUACGAGUCCUACUACAGAAUGAGCCAGCAGCAUCCACUGAUCGUGUUCCUGUUGCUGAUCGUCAUGGGAACCUGCCUCGCGCUGCUGGCGGUGUUCUUCGCGUCAGGACUGAAUACAGAAGACCACUUGACGUUCUUGAUCACGGUACCCGCUGCCCUCUUCCUCUUCCUGUCCAUCUUCAUCCUUGUCUGCAUUGAGUCGGUCUUCAAGCGGAUGCUCCGGCUCUUCUCUCUCCUUAUAUGGGCCUGUCUGGUCACCAUGGGUUACCUGUUCAUGUUCUCUGGAGGGAUACUCAGCCCCUGGGACCAGGUGUCCUUCUUCCUGUUCAUCGUGUUCGUUGUCUACACCAUGCUGCCCUUCUCCAUGAGAGGGGCCAUUAUCGCCAGCGCCAUCACCUGCUUCUCGCACACCGUCACCCUCAGCGUCUGUCUGGCCUCCACCGCCACUGAACUGGAACCACUGGUCUGGCAGAUCUUAGCCAAUGUGAUCAUCUUCACCUGCGGUAACUUGGCCGGAGCGUACCACAAACACCUGAUGGACCUGGCCCUCAAACAGACCUACCAGGACACCUGCAACUGCAUCAAGUCUCCCAUUAAACUAGAGUUUGAGAAGCACCAACAGGAGCGCUUGCUGUUAUCCUUACUGCCGGCUCACAUAGCCAGGGUGAUGAAAGCCGAGAUCAUCCAGCGGCUGCAGGGACCCAACUUCGGUCGAACUGAGAGCACCAACAACUUCCACAACCUGUAUGUGCAGCGGCACACCAAUGUCAGUAUUCUGUAUGCCGACAUCGUGGGUUUCACCAGGCUGGCCAGUGACUGCUCCCCAGGGGAACUCGUUCACAUGCUGAAUGAACUUUUCGGCAAGUUUGACCAGAUUGCAAAGGAGAAUGAGUGUAUGCGAAUCAAGAUCCUGGGAGAUUGUUACUACUGUGUGUCUGGUCUGCCCGAGUCUCUGCCUCACCACGCCAGGAACUGUGUGAAGAUGGGCUUGGAUAUGUGUGAGGCCAUCAAGAAGGUCCGAGACGCCACCGGAGUCGAUAUCAACAUGCGUGUUGGUGUUCAUUCUGGCAACGUCCUGUGCGGUGUCAUUGGCCUCCGCAAGUGGCAAUAUGAUGUGUGGUCACAUGACGUAACGCUGGCCAAUCAUAUGGAGGCCGGAGGUGUGCCAGGAAGGGUCCACAUCUCUUCUGUGACGUUGGAGCAUUUGAAGGGCUCGUAUAAGGUGGAGCCUGGAGACGGACUGUGCCGAGACUCCUACCUGAAAGAACAUGGAGUGGUCACCUACCUGGUCAUCAACCCCAAGACUGAGAGGCACAGCCCUCUGUUGGGUGUGCGCUCUCGUUCCUCUUUGGACGGUGGCAAGAUGAGGGCGUCUGUGAGAAUGACCCGAUACCUGGAGUCCUGGGGCGCAGCGAAACCCUUCGCCAACCUCCACCAUCGAGACAGCAUGACCACAGACAAUGGCAAGAUCAAUACAACUGACGUUCCAAUGGGGCAGUACCACUUCCAGAGGCGAGAAAGGUCCAAAUCUCAAAGGAGAAGGUUUGAGGAAGAACUCAAUGAGCGAAUGAUUCGCACCAUCGACGGAAUCAACUCGCAGAAACAGUGGCUGAAGUCUGAGGACAUCCAGAGGAUCUCAUUGUUCUUCCACAACAAAGCUCUGGAGAAAGAGUACAGAUCCACAACAUUACCAGCCUUCAAGUAUUACGUCACCUGCGCCUGCCUCAUAUUCAGCUGUAUAUUCAUAGUGCAGGUCCUCGUCCUGCCCAAAACUGCUGUGCUGGGGAUCUCCUUUGGCCUGGCCUUCCUGCUGUUGGCUUUGAUCCUGCUCCUUUGCUUUGCUGGACACAUUCUGCAGGGAAGGAAGGGGUCCUUCUGCUCUCUAACCUGGUUUCCCACUUCCUCCCGCAUCAUCGUCACCAACAAUCCCUGGCUGCGAUUGGUCCUCACCAUGACGACCACCGCUCUAAUCCUUGUGAUGGCCGUCUUCAACAUGUUCUUCGUGGCGGACCCUGAAGGAUCCAUUGAGGACGUCCUGACAACUACUGCUCCUGUGAAUCUAACCAAUGACAGCCUGCUGGACUACCUGGAAGAAAACACGGGAGAAAACAAGUUCUACCUGCCAUACUUCAUCUACUGCUGUAUACUGGGACUGGUGUCGUGCUCCGUGUUCCUGAGGAUCAACUACGAGCUGAAGAUGGUGGUUAUGCUGGUUGCCGUGGUGAUCUACAACAUCAUCAUCCUCCAGACACACGCCUCCCUGCUGGAUGGAUUUAGCAAAGCGCUGUACACCACCGAUACACUUGAUAGACCAGGAGUUCUGAAGGAUCUGAAGACGAUGGGCUCUGUGUCGCUUUUCAUCUUCUUCAUCACCUUACUGGUAUUAGCCAGGCAGAAUGAAUAUUACUGUAGGUUGGACUUCCUGUGGAGGGACAAGUUCAAGAGGGAGUGUGAGGAGAUCGAAACCAUGGAGAACCUCAACCGGGUUCUGCUGGAGAACGUUUUACCGGCCCACGUCGCCGAACACUUCCUGGGACGCAACUGGAAAAAUGAGGACCUUUAUCAUCAGUCGUACGAGUCGGUGUGUGUGAUGUUCGCCUCCAUCCCAGACUUCAAAGAGUUUUACACCGAGUCCGAUGUCAAUAAGGAGGGACUGGAGUGCCUCCGUCUGCUCAACGAGAUCAUAGCAGACUUUGAUGAGCUGCUGUCCAAACCCAAGUUCAGCGGAGUGGAGAAGAUAAAGACCAUCGGUAGCACCUACAUGGCUGCAACUGGACUCAAUGUGUCGCCAGGACCAGAGUGCGCACAGGAACAUGACAGACAGUACAUGCACAUUGGCACCAUGGUGGAGUUUGCCUUUGCUCUCGUGGGGAAGCUGGACGUCAUCAACAAACACUCCUUCAAUGACUUCAGACUCAGAAUUGGGAUAAACCAUGGGCCGGUGAUAGCAGGAGUCAUCGGGGCCCAGAAACCUCAGUAUGACAUCUGGGGAAACAGCGUGAACGUGGCCAGUAGGAUGGAGACCACCGGGGUUCUGGGAAAAAUACAGGUAACAGAGGAGACAAGUCUUAUCCUAUCAACACUAGGCUACAUGUGUUCCUGUCGCGGCAUCAUCAACGUGAAGGGCAAAGGAGAGCUGAAGACCUACUUUGUCCACACAGAGAUGACCCGAUCUCUGUCACAAGGGACCGUGAUGCCCUGAGCCCGCCACGAGAACCGAACAAGACUUGAGAACACAAUCACACACACACACACACACACACACACACACACACACACACACACACACACACACACACACACACAAAGUGGCCGUAGAAGUGAUUCGUCAUGCUCAGCAACUAAAAAAAACAAAACCAGCAGGCACUGCAGUACAACAGAUAGACGAUUUGCAGAGAACCAGUUUUGUCCUUAGCAACCACAACGUAGAGCGGGGCCGAAGUGCACCGCGGUCCUUCAACACUGGAUGGUUUUCACAUCUCGAGUGUAACAAGGACUUUCCUCCGAGGAGCCUCUUCACUGUCUAAAGGAGCGCCUGACUAAAGAGAGGUGGGCCAAAUUAGUGCAGCCCUCGAGGACCGCGGCCUGUACAGUAGUAGUGGUGCGGCGCUAAUUACCCAUGCCAGUGUUGCAGAGCUUCAGAGCCUUAUUCUUGAGCAAACUGA